ACUAAUACACUUUUCUCUCACGUAAUUACAUUUCACUACCCUCUUUGUUCCUCAAGCUUGUGUUAUUCUUCUUCUUCCCCAACGUUAGAGAGAGAACAAAAUUAUAGAGAAUAAUAACGAUUACUAUUUCUUUUUCUGAUCCAAACUUUAAAACUGUUUUUUUUCUUCUUCAACCAGUGGUUAGAUCUGUUGAAUUUUCCUCAGAAAAUCUGAGGAAAUAAAGACCUAAUGAAGCGAUUACGGGAUGAUGUUUAUGCUAAUCCUCAAUUCAAGCGUCCAUUUGGUUCUUCUCGUGGAGAAUCAUACGGCCAAUCACAGGUUCCUGGAAGUGGUGCUGGCGGCGGAGGCAGUGGUGUUGGAGGCACUGGAGGGGGUGUUGGUGCCAGUGCUAGCACCCAAAAGUUGACAACUAAUGAUGCAUUGUCUUAUUUGAAGGAAGUUAAGGACAUGUUUCAAGACCAAAGGGAGAAGUAUGACUUGUUCCUUGAUGUUAUGAAGGACUUUAAGGCUCAAAGAAUUGACACUUCCGGUGUCAUAGCAAGAGUGAAAGAUUUGUUUAAAGGGCAUCCAAAUUUGAUCCUUGGGUUCAAUACUUUCUUGCCCAAGGGCUAUGAAAUAACCCUCACUGAAGCAGAGGAGGCUCCUCCAAAGAAAACAGUUGAGUUUGAAGAAGCUAUCAGCUUUGUGAACAAAAUAAAGAAACGUUUCCAAAAUGAUGAUCACGUGUACAAGUCUUUCUUAGACAUUUUGAACAUGUAUAGGAAGGAACACAAAGGCAUUACUGAGGUGUACCAGGAGGUUGCAGCACUUUUCGAAGACCAUCCUGAUUUGCUGGAUGAGUUCACGAGAUUCUUGCCAGAUUCUUCAGCUACUGCAUCAGCAACACAGACUUCAUUGGGCCGACCUUCUUUCCAUCGUUAUGAUGAGAGGAGCUCUGCUACAUUGCUUCGGCAACCACACAUGGACAAGCAACGUUUCCGCCGGGAUAGGAUUAUCAGUCCUCAUGCAGAACGUGAUCCUAGUGCUGAGCGCCCUGAGAUGGACGAUGAUAAAACAAUGAUAAAGUUGCAUAAAGAGCAAAAGAGGCGUGCUGAAAAAGAGAACAGGGACCGCAGAAGUCGCGAUCAGGAUUAUAGAGAACCUGAUAAUGAGAAUAAUGGAGAUAUAAGCAUGCACCGCAUUGCUGAUAAAAGAAAAUCUGCUCGGAAGGUUGAAGAGUUCGGAGGCACUUACGAUGAUAAAGAUGGCGUGAAAAAUAUGUAUAGCCAAGAGUUCACUUUCUGUGAAAGAGUAAAGGAGAGACUAUGCAGUCCAACUGACUACCAGGCAUUCCUAAAGUGCCUCCAUAUUUAUAGUACAGAAAUAAUUAGCAGAAAGGAGUUACAAAGUUUGGUUGCUGAUUUACUUGGAAAGCAUCCUGAUCUUAUGGAGGGGUUCUGUGAAUUCUUGGAGCGCUGUGAACGAAUUGAUGGAUAUCUCGCAGGUGUUAUGAGCAACAAAUCUUUGUGGAAUGAAGGGCAUACAUCAAAGUCAGUGAAGGAGGAGGAGAAAGACAAAGAACAGAAGCGUGAAAUUGAUGGAGGUAAAGAAAAGGACCGGUACAAGGAGAAAUACUGGGGAAAGUCCAUUCAAGAGCUUGACCUUUCUAACUGUAAGCGCUGCACUCCCAGUUAUCGACUUCUUCCUGAAGAUUAUCCGAUACCUACAGCGAGCCAAAGGUCAGAGCUCGGGGCUCAAGUGUUAAAUGAUCAUUGGGUAUCUGUGACCUCAGGAAGUGAGGACUACUCUUUUAAGCACAUGCGCAGAAACCAGUAUGAAGAAAGCCUGUUUCGAUGUGAAGAUGAUAGGUUUGAGCUAGACAUGUUAUUGGAGUCAGUGAGUUCAACUGCUAAGCGUGCAGAAGAGUUGUUGAAUGCCCUUAAUGAUAAUUCAGUUGGUGUGGAUGGCCCAAUCCGCAUCGAAGACCACUUCACAGCACUGAAUUUAAGGUGCAUUGAACGUCUCUAUGGUGACCAUGGCCUGGAUGUGAUGGACAUUUUGCGGAAAAACCCACCUCUUGCUCUGCCUGUGGUAUUAACCCGCUUGAAGCAGAAACAGGAGGAGUGGACGAAGUGUCGCUCAGACUUCAACAGAGUUUGGGCUGAAAUUUAUUCUAAGAACCAUUACAAGUCGCUUGACCACCGAAGUUUCUAUUUCAAGCAACAAGAUUCAAAGAACCUUAGCACAAAAUCCUUAGUGGCGGAGAUCAAAGAAAUUAAGGAGAAAAAGCAGAAAGAAGAUGACAUGAUUCUUGCUAUUGCCGCUGGUAGUAGACGUCCAAUAAGCCCUCAUCUUGAAUUUGAAUUUGCUGAUUCUGAUGUUCACCAAGACAUGUACAAACUUAUCAAGUAUUCUUGCGAAGAGGUUUGUUCCACAGAAGAGCAGUUAAAUAAAGUUCUGAGGCUGUGGACCAGCUUUCUUGAGCCAAUCUUUGGUGUUCCUUAUCGUCAUCAUGGCUCUGAGGCUACUGACGACGAUGUCUUGUCAAAGCAUCAUGGUUUGAAGAGCAAUGGAACAAGCAUUGGCGAAAGUGAUAGAAGUCCAAGUGCGGAUGCUACCACUACUAAGUCUAAGCAAUCAAAAGAUAUCUGCAACGGAGAUGCAAAUUCUUCCCCUCAACGACUAAAUUCUUCCAGGGCAAUCUUCACUAAUACAGAUGCUCGCCCCAAGGAAGAUGGAUUAGCAGUAGCUGGUGAACGCUUACUUAGUUCUGAUGCAGUUGCUGCCCUUGGAGCAGAUAAUGCUUGUGCAAGAUUGGAAAGUACUUCAGGCCGUGGCACACGACCUGGUAAUGACGCUGCUGAGGAUGGCCUAGGAGCGAAGUCUAAUACUGAUAACGUGCCAAUUUCAGAGGGUGGCACUUCAAGAUCACUACCCUUGGCAAAUGGCGGAUUUGCUGAUGGUUCUAGAGUUGAUGGGUUUAAUGCUGACUCUGUUGAUCCCUCUAAAAAUGAGAAAGAAGAAGGUGAGUUGUCGCCUAAUCAGGAUUUUGAAGAGGACAAUUUUGUUGUCUUUCGAGAUGGUGCCGCACGCAAAGGAAAUAUGCAAUAUCAAUCUGGAGGUGCUGAAAUGGUUGGUUGUCAGGAUACUGCUGGUGAAAACGAUGCAGAUGCUGAUGUUGAAGAUAGUGAAAGUGUUUCCGAGGCCGGAGAUGUUUCAGGUAGUGAGUCUGCUGCUAAUGAGUGCUCUCGGGAGGAGCAUGAGGAAGAAGACGAUGGAGAGCAUGACGAGCUUGAUGGUAAAGUUGAGAGUGAAGGUGAGGCUGAGGGCACGAGUGAAGCAAACUUUGUUGGAGGUGAUGCCACUGUGCUUCAAAUGUCUGAACGUUUUUUGCUUACUUCAAAGCCUCUUGCUAAACAUGUGGUUUCACCUCAUUGUGGGGGUGCAAAGAACGACCUUCGAGUCUUUUACGGAAAUGAUGACUUUUAUGUGCUUUUUAGGCUUCAUCAGAUUUUGUAUGAAAGGUUAUUAUCGGCAAAGCUGAAUGCAGCAUCAUCUGAAUCAAAGUGGAGAACUGGAGAGGAUACUGGUUCUGAUCCAUAUACCAGAUUCAUGAGUGCACUGUAUAGUUUGCUAGAUGGAUCUGCAGAUAAUGCAAAGUUUGAGGAUGAUUGCCGAUCAAUCAUUGGGAAUCAGUCAUAUGUGCUAUUUACUUUGGACAAACUGAUAUAUAAACUGGUCAAGCAGCUUCAAACUGUUUCAAGUGAUGAGCUAGACGGUAAGCUGCUUCAGUUAUAUGAAUAUGAAAGAUCACGGAAACCUGAGAAGUAUGUCGAUUCAGUUUAUUACGAAAAUGCUCAUGUCCUCCUCCAUGAGGAGAACAUUUACCGGUUUGAAAGUACAUCUUCCCCAACUCGUGUGUCUAUCCAGUUCAUGGAUGAUGGAAGUGAGAAGUCUGAAGUUGUUGCAGUUUAUGUAGACCCCAAUUUUGCUGGUUAUCUAUAUAAUGAUUAUCUAUCUGUUGAACAUGGGAAGAAAGAGUCGUCUGCAGUGAUGCUGAAGAGAUCUGUGAGCAGAAACAAGAGAAAACAUACUGACCAUGACGUAUCUUCCGCCCUGUGCACGGUGAUGGAAAAUAUUAUACUCGUAAAUGGCUUGGAAUGUAAGAUGGCUUCAAAUUCAUCAAAGAUUUCUUAUGUACUGGACACAGAGGACUUCUUUUACCGUCUUGGAAGGAAAAGAAAAAAGAUUUCGGCUGGCAGAUUAUUGUGGCAUGGCCAGGCGAGAGUAGCACGCUUCAACCGUGUUUUGACAUCCUCGUUAUGACGAUGCAUGGCCUUCUUGUUAAACAUGUGUCAAUCAAGAUUUUCUUGAUUUCUUCGGUACAACUACUUACUUGACCCAACUGGUUGAGCACUUGGUGGCGGAAUUCUCUCGAAUUGACUUCACCCUCAGAACAAUGAUCAAGGACUGGAGUUAUUCGUCAAACUGUAUUAUACUUGUGAUGGAAUUAGAGUCGUUUUCUUGUAAAUAUGGGUUUUCCUGAUGAUGUUAAAUUGUAGAGAUGUAUUUAUUGAAUUGUAUUUCUUUCUUGGGAUCACAAGGAGCCUAGAUUGCAUUUCCUCAGCAGCAAUCUGUAGCGGCCCCUGUGGAGUGAGCUAGGUGAAAGUGGUAUAGUGGAAAAGCUUAUUUUGGAAGUUGCAGUGAGUUUUAGUCCCUAACUUUGUACAGAGCACACAUUCCAAUUCCUGAAUUAUGCUGAAACACAAGUGAGAUUUAUUCCUUUCUUGGCAAGUUAAGUCCAACAAUAUGAAGGUCCCUGUGCUCCAAAAGCUGGAUACUCAUAUUGAAGUAAUAUCUUACUAGAGGCUUGCAAUGGGUAGGCUUCUAAUCUUGGUUUUGCAUAAAGAAACUCAAUUUUGGAAGUUGGUGUUCGAUUUUAUUUGAUGCCAUAAUAAGGCAAUUGAAAAUUGGUUAACUUGUAGACUGAAUUGUACGACACCAUCAUAUAAUUGAUGAUUAACAACAUUUGUCCUUGCA